AGAGCCCUCUACAGAGAUGUCAUGCAGGAGAACUAUGAGAAUGUGACCUCGCUGGCAGGGUUUCCUGUUUCCAAACCUGAUGUGAUCUCCCAACUGGAACAAGGGGAGGAGCCGUGGGUCCUGGAUCUCCAGGGCUCUGAGGAAGGCGAGAUCCUGAGAGCUGUCUACGCAGGAGGUGCUGGGAUGGUGAGUGAGAACAAGGAGCUGAAUCCUCAGCAGGAAGAUGCUGAGCAAGUGGAAGUACAUGGGGGAUUAUUGCAAGGAUCCCAAGGGAAUGUGUCCAGGCGUCAUGUGAAGGGGAAAACCUGUGAGAGUCAGCACAGGCCAGAGAGGCAGCAGGGAAUCCAGCCCAGGGAGAAAGUGGGCAAAUCCAUUAAUUGUCAGGGGACUCACCAGAACUACAAGGAAAUCACAGCCCAGCAGAGAAUACCCACAGAAGAGAGAAAAAACACAUGCACUGAGUGUGGGAAACACUUCACUCUGAUCUCCACCCUCAUUAGACAUCAGCGGAUCCACACGGGAGAGCGCCCCUACAAAUGCUGUGAGUGCGGGAAACAGUUCAGUGAGAAAUCAAACCUUAUUACACAUCAGACAAGCCACACAAGAGAGAGACCCUAUGAGUGCUGUGAGUGCGGGAAAAGCUUCACUCGGAGCUCUACCCUUACUAGACAUCAGAGGAUCCACACAGGAGAGAGACCGUAUGAAUGCUGUGAGUGCGGGAAAAAGUUCACUCAGAGCUCAUUCCUUAUUAAUCAUCAGAGAAUGCACACAGGAGAGCGACCCUAUACAUGUGGUGAGUGCGGGCAAACGUUCGCUCAGAGCUCAGCCCUAUUUAAACAUGAGAAGAUCCACACAGGAGAGCGCCCCUACGAAUGCUCUGAGUGCGGGAAACAAUUCAUUGAGAAAUCAAAAUUUAUUAAACAUCAGAAUAGCCACAUGGGGGAGAGACCCUAUGAAUGUUGUGAGUGCGGGAAACAGUUCAGUGAGAAAUCAAGCCUUACUAAACAUCAGACAAGCCACACAGAUGAGAGACCCUAUGAGUGCUGUGAGUGCGGGAAAAGCUUCACUCGGAGCUCAUCCCUUAUUAGACAUCAGAGGAUUCACACAGGAGAGAGACCGUAUAAAUGCUGUGAGUGUGGGAAAAGGUUCACUUUCAAAUCAAACCUUAAUAUACAUAAGAGGAUCCACACAGGAGAGCGCCCCUAUGAAUGUUGUGAGUGCGGGAAACAGUUCACUUGGAGCACAGCCUUUCUUAAACAUCAGAGAAUCCACACAGGAGAGCAGCCCUAUGAAUGCUGUGAGUGUGGGCAAACGUUCCCUCAGAGCUCAGUCCUUCUUAAACAUCGGAAAAUCCACACAAGAGAGAGACUUUAUGUGUGCUGUGAGUGUGGGAAAAGCUUUACUCGGCGCUCAUCCUUUAUUAGACAUCAGAGGAUUCACACAGGAGAGCGACCGUAUAAAUGUGAGUGUGGGAAAAGCUUCACUUUCAAAUCAAACCUUAAUAAACAUCAGAGGAUCCAUACAGGAGAGCGCCCCUACAAAUGCUGCGAGUGUGGGAAACAGUUCAGUGAGAAAUCAAACCUUAUCACACAUCAGACAGGCCACACAGGAGAGAGACCCUAUGAGUGCUGUGAGUGUGGGAAAAAGUUCACUCAGAGCUCAGGCCUCUUUCAUCAUCAGAGAAUGCACACAGGAGAGCGUCCCUAUACAUGCUGUGAGUGCGGGAAAAAGUUCACUCAGAGAUCAGGCCUUAUUAAUCAUCAGAGAAUCCACACCGGAGAGCGACCCUAUGAGUGCUCUGAGUGUGGGAAAAAGUUCACUCAGAGCUCAGGCCUUAUUAAUCAUCAGAGAAUCCACACAGGAGAUCGCCCCUACACAUGCUCUGAGUGCGCGAAAUCGUUCCCUCAUAACUCAGGCCUUAUUAAACAUCAGAGGAUCCACACAGGAGAGAGACCCUAUGAGUGCAGCAAGUGCGGGAAAAGUUUCACUGAGAACUCAUCCCUUACUAGACAUCAGAGGAUCCACACAGGAGAGAGACCAUAUGAAUGCUGUGAGUGUGGGAAAAGGUUCUCUUUCAAAUCAGACCUUAAUAACCAUCAGAGGAUCCACACAGGAGAGCGCCCCUAUGAGUGCUGUGAGUGCGGGAAACAGUUCACUUGGAGCACAGGGCUUACUAUUCAUCGGAGAAUCCACACAGGAGAGCGACCCUAUACAUGCUGUGAGUGUGGGAAACAGUUCACUCAGAGCUCAAGUCUCAUUAAUCAUCAGAGGAUCCACACACGAGAGCAACCCUAUGAGUGCUGUGAGUGCGGGAAAAGCUUCACUCGGAGCUCUACCCUUACUAGACAUCAGAGAAUCCAUACAGGAGACAGACCCUAUGAAUGCUGUGAGUGCGGGAAAAAGUUCACUCAGAGCUCAGUCCUUAUUAAUCAUCAGAGAAUGCACACAGGAGAGCGACCCUAUACAUGCUGUGAGUGCGGGCAAACGUUCGCUCAGAGCUCAGCCCUUUUUAAACAUGAGAAGAUCCACACAGGAGAGCGCCCCUACGAAUGCUCUGAGUGCGGGAAACAAUUCAUUGAGAAAUCAAAAUUUAUCAAACAUCAGAAUAGCCACACAGGAGAGAAACCCUAUGAAUGUUGUGAGUGCGGGAAACAGUUCAGUGAGAAAUCAAACCUUAUUACACAUCAGACAAGCCACACAAGAGAAAGACCCUACGAGUGCUGUGAAUGCGGGAAAAGCUUCACUCGGAGCUCAUCCCUUAUUAGACAUCAGAGGAUUCACACAGGAGAGAGACCGUAUAAAUGCUGUGAGUGUGGGAAAAGCUUCGCUUUCAAAUCAGACGUUAAUAAACAUCAGAGGGUCCACACGGGAGAGCGCCCCUAUGCAUGCUGUGAGUGCGGGAGACAGUUCAGUCAGAAAUCAAACCUUAGCACACAUCAGAGAGGCCACUCAGAGCAGAGUCCCUACGAAUGCUGUGAGUGUGGGAAAAAGUUCACUCAGAGCUCAGGCCUUAUUAAUCACCAGAGAAUCCACACAGGAGAGCGACCCUAUACAUGCUCUGAGUGGGGAAAACAGUUCAGUGAGAAAUCAAACAUUAUUAAACAUCAGACAGGCCACACAGGAGAGAGACCCUAUGAGUGCUAUGAGUGCGGGAAAAGGUUCACUCAGCGCUCAGGCCUUAUUAAACAUCAGAGGAUUCACACAGGAGAGAAACCCUAUGAGUGCUGUGAGUGCGGGAAAAACUUCACUGAGAGUUCAUCCCUUAUUAGACAUCAGGGGAUCCACACGGGAGAGAGACCAUAUGAAUGCUUUGAGUGCGGGAAAAGCUUCACUUUUAAAUCGGACCUUAUUAAUCAUCAGAGGAUCCACCCACGAGAGCAGCCUGUGAAUGCGGGAAAAGUUUCAUCUGGAGCUCACACCUUAAUAGACAUCAGCGAUGUCACUGGAUAGAGACAUACCAUAAACACUUUGUGCAGGGCAGAGAAAAGAUUGUUUUAAAGUCAUUUGCUAAUUCCCACACAGGGACUUUUUAGGGCUGUUUGCACCAUUUGCGUCAUCCUGUUCUCUCAGCACCCCCAGGUGAGUUGCCUGCUUUUCGUUUUGCAGGUCACCCUUCUCUGAAGUGAAUCCUGUGGUCCUUUCUACCAACUCCUUUGUCCUGUGGGUCAUGGGAGUGUGUGUCCCUACGGCCAGGAGUGUCCAUCAGCCUCAAGUGGGGUUAAUAAGGGUGACCUCAGGUGGGGGAAAUCUAAAAUUGACCUGGGCUUUGCCUCCUCUAGGAUUUUCCAGCCUGCUGGAGGUAGCUACCCUAAUGUAAACACCCUGCUAGAUGUGCAGUGCUGACAGGCACAGGGGUUGGGGUUAGCUAGCACCUUCCCCUUUGACCUGUCCUAAUCAACACUUUCAUACUCGAGACAAGCCCUGAGCAUCACAUUUAUACUCUCACCACACUAGCAGAGCAAUUGUUAGAGUCGCCAAGUUUCCCCCUUUGGCGACAGAUUGUCUCAUCCCCUGUUGUUCUCACGCUGGUCCAGGUUGUGCUGGGCAGCAGGUAUUUUUCUUUUUGCCAUUUCCCUUAUUGAAAAUCUAUUUCAAUAUAACAAAGAGGAGGAGCAGGAGUGGGACAAAUGUAUCAUUUCAGCCUCUGCGACACCAGAAGGAAAUGGGGUGAGUCGGAGGGAUUCCCUCCUUCCCCAUCACCAUCACUAGGCCCGCUCACUCCAGCAGUGCAGACGUCUGUCUGAGCCACAAUGGAGUUUAUCCACCUCUGUUUUACCCCUCCACCUCCCAAAGAGUGUCUGCACUUCAUAGCAAAUUGAUCCUAAAUCCGACUCAUUAGGGCUGGAGAUGAAAGUGUCACAGACCUGGAUGGGGAAUUUCCGUGGAUCCCAAACACAGUGCAAACAUUCUGAGUUUAAAUCCCAGUUUCUGUCUAUUGACAAAGCCACUUCUGGACAUUUUCCUGCUGAUCUGGGAUCGUUUGCACACGAGAAACUCGGCAGUUUUCUCCUAUUACGAUUAUGCUAAUUUUCUUUUUUUGUAAAUAACACGAUUCCAUAAUAAUGAAGUGCUGUUGAGUGAAGCCGGUUUGAAUGGAUCAGAGGAGAAAGUGACGGGGGAAUCUGCUCUCCUGGUUUUUGAGUCAUCCGAUGGGAACCUGCUCUGGAAUUUAAUUUUAUAUGAAACUGAAAGUGACUUAUAUAGAGAUAGUUGAGUGGUGUUAAGAAUAGUUUAGAUUUAGUGAGCUGUGUUCUUCAUUUUAUUUGUUUUAUACAUUUCAUUAAAAUUAACAGAAAUAGCGAGUCAUGUCUUUCAAUAAGCUACAUGGGUCAGAACCGUGGAGCAUCUGGAUGGAGAUCAGCCAGUCCAAGUUGGAGCCUUAUCAACUCCCUCUGUAGUAACCCUUUGGCUCUCACAUGAGAGCAGCUGUGGGGAGAGAGGGGUGGGAAUCCAUCUCAGCUCCCACUGCAUCCUAGGGAGCUCAGAGCAUCGCAAGGGAAAAUGAGCUCCCCUACACAGGCUUUUAAGAGUACGGAGUUGGUGGAAGGGUGGGGUAUCUCUAAGUAGGGGUGGGAUGGUGGUGGAUUUCUCUGCUGUCACUGUCAUGACCAGGGCCAGCCAGCACACCCGUCUGGUCAGGAUCAGCUGAAGUUGGGGGUCUGGGUCGAAGGGUUGUAAAUGGAGGAGAAGAGAUUGUGCCUUUCAGCCGUUGUGGUGUUGGCAGACUGAAGAUGUGUUUGUGUUUUGGGGGAACAUUGGGGAAUGACUGAAAGAGGGCAGAGUUAAGGUUGUGUGGGCAACCUUAACUCUUAGUUUCCUAUUUUUCAGGCAUGUGAGUUUUGCAGAAGUUGAGGUUCUCCAGGCAGACAACAUCCCAACAGGCACUUAACUCCUCAUUAAUGAUGGUUUUUGCCCUUUAAUUACUUCUUGGGGAAUUCUGCACCAAAAAAAUAAAAAUUCUGCACACAA